GUCUAUACUGACACCGCUUUGUUUUAAAUAUGUGUUGUUGCUGGCUUCACCGCGUGCAAUUUGCCCGCUAAUAUUGUGUUUGGUGUUAAUGGAGCAGAGUCGGAGAUGAGCCAGAUGUUGGACUGUGUAUCUUUGGCCUCCUACACUGAGUAUCCCACUGAGCGUCCGUUCAUCAACACACACCGUCCUGUAAAACCUGUUAAAGCGUUUCCUGAGAGCAGCAGUGCAGCAAUUCUCUCUGCACUGCAGAACCUGCAGGAAAAAAUCCACAGGUUGGAACUAGAGCGAGCGGAACAGAACCGAAGGAAGCUCCCAGUGGAGAACCCUCAUAAGCGGUACAUUCCACACAGAGAAGCACAUGAGAGCAGGGACUCUCACAGACCCAGGAAACAUGAGUUUGCCACUCAGUUAGCAGCUGCUGAAGUUAAAUGUGCUCAGUUGGAGAAGCAGUUGGACCUAAUGAAAAGGACGGUGAGGAGCACAGAGUCGGACCGAACAGCCGUGCUCAAACACCAGGAGUGUGUGCAUGGCUCCAGUGAUGUGUGUGAGAAGUUGGAGAAGUUGGAGCAGGAGUACAGGAGACUGACACACACUCAGAACAAUGCUGAGGUUAAAAUCCGAGAGUUGGAGUGUAAACUACAGGAGGAGGAACAUCACAGGAAACUCAUACAGGAUAAAGCUGCUCAGUUACAGACGGGCCUCGAGGCCAAUCGUAUUCUGAUCGAGUCUGUGUCGACCCGCCCACACCGCUCCUGCAAGAGCACGAAGAAGAAACUCCAAUCCAAGAAGCCUCUGCAGCAGAGAUAUUCUCUCACACAGCCUCACUACAGACUGAGUUUGGGGGAUGUACCAUUUGUGGCUGGAACAUCAACUGGGACGAGUCACUCUGUCCGUGCUAAUGUGCAGCAUGUCCUCCAUCUCCUGAAGCAACACAACCGUCAGCUGUGUAAUGAGCGUGUGCUGGGAGCCACGCCCCUGACCUAUGGGAAAGAGUUGUCAGAGCAUCAAUCAUGCAGUAGCGCCUCCUCGCUCUCCUCCUCCUCUUCCUGUAGCAAGGAGCUUUCAGAGCUUCUGGAGGCUCUACGGGAUGAGUUCGCACACAUCAGCUUCAAGCACCAGGAGUUGGGGAAACAGAUCCAGGCGUGUCGUUCUGAUAGACUGAGGCAGGAUUUGGAACGAGAGAUUGAGAACCUGGUGAAGAAGAUGGAGGAAAAAGGUGAACAGAUCGCUAAAGUGCGACGACAUCAGGCUCAGGUGGAGAAGUUAAAGAAGCAGUCUUGUCAGCGUGAAGGUGAGUUGAAGGUCACAUCUGCACUGAAGGCCAAGUCCAGACCAGGAGAGCGCAGUAAGGACAGUCUGCGUCUGCUCAAGGACAUGCGCACACUGCAGACGUCACUGCGCUCGGACCAACACCGCUGGGAUUACUGACACGUGCACACACACCUCACCAGGAAUCGGGGGCACAAGCUCCAGUUAGUGGUGCAGAUACACACAGGGACUUUGUCCAGAAAUCUGGGUUCCUUUGUCAGGAGCCAUUUUUAUUUCUCUGCUAAAAAAAAAAAAAGAAAAAAAGAAAAAAAAACUUAACACAGUUUUGCAAAAUGUUUUUUCUUACACACAAUAAUGGGGGUCAAACACGCGUCCAGCAUCAGAGGAGAAAAUCAUAAACGGCAAAACAAAAGCUUUUAUUUAUUUUUUUAAGAACAUUCGAACUACAUCCAUUAUUCUCAAUAGAUGGCUAGAAUUAUCUGGAUUCAUUCAUCUCUGUUCAGGUCAUCAGAAAAGACCUAGUAGUCUAGAAUAAUCCUGUAACGCUGGAUGUGUGGGGGACACUGCAUUAUUAAAAACCGAACAGACUGUAGAAGCAUGCUCAGACUGACCAAUCGAUGAAGAUCAUCAGAGCAAGAUCUGAGCGAAUGUCAGGUAUGGGGUAAUAAACAACAAGAAAAUAUGUGGAAAUUAUGAGCAUCAGAACUUUACAGAAAUGUUGAAAAUUUAUAAUGGUCACCUUUUUCAGGAUUUCCGGCUUGUCCUGUUAUCUCUUCAAUAUGAAACAUUAAGAAUUGUUGGUCCAGCAGGUGAUCAAAUGCAGGGGCUUCUCCUACACUUAAGGGGAACUGUAACUGUGGGAAAAACUAAUAUUUAAUGGUUUAUUUGCAGAUUAAUUUCAGAUUUUUUUUUACUCAUACCUAUACAAUGAUCAGUUGUCAUGAUGUGUAGGAAUGUUUUCCACCACUGUAAUAAAAGAAAAACAUCAGACAUCUGUAAAAAUGUUCAUUAUUUUUGAAGUGAAAGCAGUGGCAGCAGAAGAAAUCUCCCUGCAGAGCUUAUGCACAGAAAUGACUGAUACAUUCCAUAUCCAGGGGGCGCAACCCUUACGCUUUAGUCUUUUAUGACAAAAGUCUCCUUGCAGGGACGUCUCUAGAAGGCUUAAAGGCAGUUGCAGUUGUGUAAAAUGAUGUAAAAGCUGUUACAAAAAGUUAAAGCUUUUUGGUUAUAAGUUUGUAAAGUAAGCUAAUACUUUACCAAUAUGACAUUUCUGGAGUGCGAUUAGAAAUUUAAACCAAAAUACAUUUUAUAAUGCGUGCUGUUAGCAUGGCGCCGUCUUGUGCAGAGGAAAAUGGUGUAAUAAAAUUCCUUUUUUUUCCCCCUCU